UAACAAGAAAGUAGUGCCUGAGGAAAACAGAUUCCGCUGUGCAUCAUGUAACAUCAUGCUUGCAGAAGGAGUUUUGAGGUACAAAGUCAGUAUCUGUGUUAUGGAUGACAUAGGGCAUGCUUCAUUUACUCUGUGGGACAGAGAAUGCUCAGAAAUCCUUGGAAAAUCUGCAGCAAGGCUAAGGAGGGAGAUAAUUGAGAAAACAGGAGACCCCAACCACUUUCCAGAGGAGAUUGAGGCUGUUAUAGAGAAAAAAGGUCUAUUCAAGGUUCAGGUCAAGAACAAACCAGAAGGGAGUUCCUAUAAAGGAAACAAUUCUUUUGGGGUGCUUUCAAUGUUCAGAGAUCCGGCUAUCCUAUCAAUGUACAAGAGCAAGGAUACCAAGACUGCUGAACUUGAUCUGGAAGAAAAGGAAUUGUGCGGUUCGGUGAACGACUCAGACCUGAUAGCAACAGACAAAGAAGUUGAA